AAGAAAAAAAAAAGGGGGAAGAAAAAGGAGGGUAGGAAGAAAAGAAGAGAAGUUGAGAGAGAAAGAGAGUAAUUCCCGAUGAAGUAAAGAUUAGCAGCGAAUCAACAAUGGAGUGUUGCAGUCGACGACCUUGUUAGCAGUCUCACUCACACUGUAAAAACUGUGUCUACUUUUUAUUUAUCUUCUCUAAAUUUCUUCCAAUUUUUCUCUCCCUUUCUCAAUGUAUUAUGCUUAUGCAAUUGCAAUUGCAAAGCAUUUCCGAUCCAGAGGGAGAGAACCUUUGUGACAGCUGUAUCCACCACCGAAAACCCUAUUCAGGGUUAGAUUCUUGAUUGUUUCGUUUCUCCGCCCGAGAUCUCGCUCUGCACCCACGGCUAGGGUUUUGGUUCGCUUCUUCUUGCGUCCGCCAUGGCGAGUUCUUCGGGUUCCAGCUGGCGCGAGGGCAUGUCCUCCGACAACAUAAAGGGUUUAUGCCUCGCUCUCUCCUCCAGCUUCUUCAUCGGUGCCAGCUUCAUUGUCAAAAAGAAGGGUUUGAAGAAGGCUGGUGCCAGUGGACUCAGGGCCGGAAGUGGAGGUUAUUCUUACUUGUACGAGCCACUUUGGUGGGUGGGAAUGAUAACAAUGAUUGUAGGAGAGAUUGCCAAUUUUGCAGCUUAUGCAUUUGCUCCAGCUAUAUUGGUCACUCCACUUGGUGCUCUCAGCAUUAUUAUCAGUGCUGCUCUUGCUCAUAUUAUUUUACGGGAGAGGCUACAUAUUUUUGGAAUUCUUGGUUGUGUUUUGUGUGUUGUGGGAUCUACAACAAUUGUUUUGCAUGCACCUCAAGAACGGGAAAUUGAAUCUGUGACAGAAGUGUGGGAUCUUGCUAUGGAGCCAGCUUUUCUCUUGUAUGCGGCUUCAGUUAUAACAGCUACUUUUAUCCUUAUCUUCCACUUCAUUCCUCUCUAUGGGCAGACACACAUAAUGGUUUAUAUUGGUGUUUGUUCCCUUGUAGGUUCUCUUACGGUUAUGAGUGUUAAGGCUCUUGGAAUUGCCAUUAAGUUAACCCUGUCUGGGAUGAAUCAGCUAAUAUUCCCUCAAACUUGGGCAUUCACUCUAGUUGUAACUGUUUGUGUUCUUACCCAAAUGAAUUAUUUAAAUAAGGCACUGGAUACUUUUAAUACGGCUGUGGUAUCUCCUAUAUAUUAUGUCAUGUUCACCACAUUCACCAUUGUGGCUAGUGUUAUUAUGUUUAAGGACUGGGAUAGGCAAAGUCCAACGCAAGUUAUCACAGAAAUAUGUGGGUUUGUGACCAUUCUUUCAGGAACUUUUCUUCUGCACAAAACUAAGGAUAUGGCUGAUGGUUUACAGACAUCUCCAUCUAUUAGACUUGGUAAGCAUUCAGAAGAGGAUGGGUUUGAUGGUGGUGAAGGCAUUCCUCUUAGACGGCAAGAAUCGAUGAGAUCAACAUGAUACUAUUUCUUGUAAAAGAUGUUGAUUUUCUAAAAGAGCUUGAGGCAGUGGGGAGGGAUUUUGCCAAGUUCGUCGUCUGUAUUUUACUCUCAUUAUUUCCCUCCCCGUCAUAUUUUUUUCCUGAUACAGACAGUUGGAGUCCAAGGAUGUCUGAUCUUGCCUUCCCUACCCGAGACAAAGCCCAAUGUAAUUUUCUGCACAUUCAUUAUAUAUAGUGUACCUCAGUUAAAUGAAAAUAUUCAUCAUCAAAUUUUUAACUCCACACUCUCUGCUGCCAUUUCAACUCCGUAUCCUAAAUAUGGAAAUCGGCCUUGUAGAUUCCA